GUCGCCCUCUAACAUUUUACUGUAAGGAGGGAUAUCCUGAUUUCUGAAGAGAAUAUUUCAUAAGAGAUUAAACAAUUAUUUUUAUAAUAAUUUGCACGUGAAUAAAUCUGUAUGUGAUUGAAAUAGAUACAGUGAUUUUUCGUAAUUAUUUCUUAUUAAAAUUGCGCUGUUCACAAGAAAAGUGAGUUAUAUAACCUCUUUAAGAGCUACAAACUAUCAAAUCUUCGGAGAGUAAGUUUUGAAUAAGUAUUAUUUUGUGAAGUAGUCUCGUGUUCGUUUAAAUACUUCUCCAUCCACGUAACCGGUAAUUUAUAUAUUAAUAAUGCUUCGAUUGUUAGCAUCUUUACAUUCCCAAACAUGUAAAGCGAUAUUUGUUACUGCAUCAAAUUUGAUGUUUAAAGCUCGACAGCCGACGUUAGUGCAAUACGCUCGAAGUUUUUGCGUUAGUAGCAAUCUUUUUUCCUGUCAGCUUCAGAUUCAGAAACCUGCACCUGAGUUUUCUGGAACUGCCGUGGUUGAUGGUGAUUUCAAGGAAAUCAGCCUGAGUGAUUACAGGGGAAAAUAUGUUGUUCUUUUCUUUUAUCCUUUAGACUUCACAUUUGUAUGUCCCACUGAGUUGAUAGCGUUCAGUGAGAAAAUUUCACAGUUUAAAGCUCUGAAUACGCAAGUGAUUGGAGUUUCUACAGACUCGCAUUUUAGUCAUUUAGCAUGGACUAAUACGCCAAGAAAACAGGGAGGCCUGGGUGGCAAUUUGGGUUAUCCUCUUCUAAGUGAUUUUAACAAGGAAAUAUCGGCUAAAUAUAAUGUCCUUCUCCCAGAUUCUGGAGUUGCUUUAAGAGGCCUUUUCAUCAUAGAUAAAGAAGGAAUAUUGAGGCAGCUUAGCGUAAACGAUUUACCAGUAGGCAGAAGCGUAGAUGAAACAUUGAGGCUCAUCAAGGCAUUUCAGUUUGUUGAAAAACACGGAGAAGUCUGUCCUGCCAACUGGCAGCCGGAUUCCAAAACUAUUAAACCAAACCCAAAAGAUAGUAAACAAUACUUUGAAUCAGUUAAUUGAACAUUGUGAACAGAUCGUUUUCAUAAACGUAUAACGUAUAAUGUAUUGUAAUAUGGAGUAAUAAAAAUAAAAUAUUAAUAUA